AUGCACCCUCAGGGCUCUCAGAACACGAGCUCCUCCAGUUCAAGCCAGGUUCCUAAUGGCUUGCCGCAAUUUCACCAUGAUCCUCGGACGCCCUAUGGAUCUGGAUAUUCCCAAGCGACAAAUACAUCGGGUCGUGAUGGAAACGGUCCUGUGCCCCAGGUAUAUCCCAAUCUGAGUUACCAAAGUCACCGAACCAAAUUCGGCUCAAAAGCCACCACCCCGGUCACCAUGAACACAAAUUUGGACUGGUCGGCUGCCAAUCGCGCUUCAUACAUUCUAUUGCCCAGCCCGACUACCUUCAGUAGCCUGUCGCCCGUCUCGCCUUUUGUACCCAACACAGUCCCGGGCCAGGCUGAUCAAAUGGGCCAGUUCUCCUAUUUGUCUCCAAGUGUUUAUCCAAACCUCAAUUCUAUGCUACCUGGAACGUAUUCGUGGCCAUAUUUCAUGAACUACGAUAUGCAGGAUAUGUCGAACACCAAGCAAACUGCGUGGACCGCAACGGACGGGCAGAAGAUGUCUCAAAACGAGAAUGGGAACCAGAUGCAGUACUUCCCAACGUUUGUUUCUAACGUGGAUGGUGCCGGUCUAUCUGGGUACUCUUACGGGGGCAUGUUUCCUCAGCUCGGUGCUCUUUCCCUGCCAUUUCAGAUGAUGAAGACAACCAAUGGGUAUGUUGUUCAGGAUAUGGAGGCUUUGACCCAGCAAGAUCCUCCAAUUCCUCGUGCAGUGCCCGCCAUGUGGACAAAUCCAUCAGAGCUGACACUUGCGAAAUGCCUGGAAAACCGAGAGGGUAUCACCAAUGUCUACAUUCGAGGCUUUCUUCCCGAGACCACAGACGAUAUGUUACAUGCCUACGCUGCUCGUUUUGGACAAAUUGAGCGCUGUAAAGCCAUUGUGGACCUUGAUACUGGUCUUUGCAAAGGUUUCGGAUUCGUCCAGUAUUUCAACUUCGAAUCCUGUGAAAAUUGCAUCCGUGGCUUUUUUUAUCUCGGUUAUCAGGCUAGCUUCGCUCAGAAGUCUCGCAAUUCUCGCCUCAAGGAUCUGGAGGACAAAACAUCCACCAAUGUAUAUUGCACCAACAUCCCGAUCGACUGGACUGAAGCAGACCUACGCCGUCACUUCGAGCCUUACCGUGUGGUUUCGGAGAAGAUCAGUCGCGACGAGAAGACGGGCGUGAGCAAGGAAGUGGGCUUCGCUCGCUUCGAAACUCGUGAAAUUGCCGAGAGGGUGUUGGCCGAGUUCCACAAUGCCCCCGUAAAUGAGAAUGGCGUGAAGUUGCUCCUGCGAUUCGCGGACACCAAGGCCCAAAAGAUGCUGAAACAGCAGAGUAACGAGCGUCGUGCAUACCGUGCUGGGGAAUACAAUUAUUCAGUGGAAGUUGUGCAGGGCUCGACCCCUUCACCUUCGCUGCAGCGUCUUCAACAGACGAGUGCUCACAUUACACCUAACUCACAGGGUAGCUUCAUCUCCCCCGGUGGAAUUGGUUCCAUGAAUUCUAACUGGACUCCUGCAACCUCUAUAUCGCCCACAUAUGCGUUAAUGAAGAAGCCUGUCAACAAUGCGCGCCAGGGUUCGUUCUCAUCCCGCAGCCUGAAUGCCCUGGAACACACUCCCGUGUAUCGCGGUCGAGAAUUCGCAAACCGCCGUUCUUUCACAGACCUAUCUGGGUCAUCAAAGACGGCUCGUCCCGAGUCUCCCAUCGAGCCUCGCUCAUACAUGUCGAGUCCUCGGAAGGAGAAUAUCAAGGCUGGUUCGAUGUCGCCAAUUCCCUCACGGAUGGAGAUUGUUGUUUCUACUCCCCGAUCAUGCACCUAA